ACAAAGCCAUGGGAGAGAGAGGAGCUUCUGGGAAGAAAUGUCUCACUGACUCUGUCGCCUGGACAACCGGCCACAAUAGAACAUGGAGGAUAUGAAAUUAAAGAGCACAAGUUUAGCACAUUACAAGUGGACCCAGGAGGCCUGAACGCUCCACCUGUAUUUCUCGUCUCAUCAGCCUCAGGUGCAAGCAUGGACGUGGAGGAUGAUCCGCUGCUGUUUCAGACCAGCUGGGGAGGGUUGGAAGAUGAGGAGGAGGAGGAGGAGGAUGACGACGAGGAUGGAGUAGCUCAUGCAGAAGGACAGGGCUGUUUGUCUGAGGAGGCUGGAGUUUGUGGGCCAUGGAGGGCACUGGGGUGGGUGUACACACAGCCCUGGGCCAGUGGAGUGGUUUUAGGGGCAGCUAUCUUGCUCCCAUGUUCCCUGUUUGCCUACAUGCUCCUCUACUGCCCUCCUCUGGACAUAGACCUCUCCUACAGUGCCUUUGAAGUCCACAGUCACUUCUCUGCCGAGCGCUUUGACGCCCUCACCAUCGCUGUGAAGACUCAGCUGGGCUCCUGGGACAGACUGAGGCGGGACUUAGAUAACAGUGAGGCCGAGGCCCUGCAGGAGCUUUUGCUGGAGAAGCUGGGCAGGCAGGGAGCAUUCAACAGGACGGAUAAUGAGGGCGAGGGGUCCUCCACUCUUCAAAACGACACCGUAGACUCAGGAGAUGAUCAGAGGAGAGGCUCUGCAGCGGGCAGAGAUAAAAGGACAGCGCAGGAUGUGACUCAAGAGAAAAUGAAAAAGCACAAGAACUCUAAUAAAAAAGAAGAGGAGGACAUGGAGAGAUCGUGGGAGGGAAAUUCAAGUUUGUCGCUCAUUAGGAGAAGAAGGAUUGCUCCGAAUUACUACAUACAGAGCCAGGCUCUGUGGAGGAUCGAGCUAGUGUUUGUGGCUCAAGGGGAAGGUGAUCGAAACAUUUUCACCCCGGAACGUCUGCAGACGGUUCAUCAUGUGGAGCGACUGCUCAUGCAGCACCCGCAGUUUAAUCAGUUCUGCUGGAAGCCUCUGGAGAUGUUGAGGGAUCUGCCACUAGGGCCGUCCUACUGCUCCCCUCCAAGCUCCCUCCUGUCCUACCUCUACCCCAGUGAGAGAGGAGGGAAGAUUUACUACGACGGCAUGGGCCCUGACCUGGCUGAUAUUCAAGGUUCCCUGAGUCUGGCCAUCACCCACCCUCAGUUCUACUGGUACGUGGACGAGAGUCUGUCGCCGGAGCAUCUCUCCUCCUCUCUCUUACGCAGUGAGAUCCAUUUUGGAGCUCCUCUUCCCUCUUACUACUCCCUGCAGGAUCGAGCAGAGGAGCAAAGAUCUCGCUUCAAAACCUUUGUGGUUCAGUAUGCUGAAAUGCUGGCCAAGCAGUCCACCAGCCAGGUGAAGGUGCUGUAUGGGGGAACAGAGCUGUUUGAUGAUGAGGUGAGACACACCUUCUACAAUGACAUGAUGCUGGCUGUCAUCAGUGGAGCCUGCAUCACUGUGCUCGUCUAUGUCCUUACCUCCUUCUCUGUGUUUCUGACUUUCUUUGGACUCACUAGUAUCGGACUGAGCUGCUUGAUGGCCCUGUUCUUAUACCAUGUUGUCUUUGGUGUGAGGUAUCUUGGCAUUCUCAAUGGAGUUGCAGCCUUUGUAAUCAUUGGUAUAGGGGUGGAUGAUGUAUUUGUGUUCAUCAGUACCUUCAGACAGGCUUCCCACCUGCGUCAGCCGCAGCAGCGCAUCAUCUACACAAUAAAAACUGCUGGCAGAGCUACUUUCCUCACCUCCUUCACCACUGCGGCUGCCUAUGCUGCCAACACCUUCUCUCAGAUCCCAGCCGUGCAUGACUUCGGCCUUUUCAUGGCCCUCAUUGUAAGCUGCUGCUGGCUCUGGGUAUCCAUCCUGAUGCCAGCCGCGCUAUGCAUCUGGACUGAGUGCGUGGAGCCGCAGGAACAUGCCUGGCUGAAUUGCUGGAAGCUGUUUUCCGGGCUGUCAGCGAGCCACAGUCCUUUGUCAGAUGAGGAUGAUGAUGUGGCGCUUCUGUCAGUGGAGAUGGAGCCAGGCUCCUGUGACGCAGACAGCGAUACAGCUAUUCUUUCCCUGUCAGUGGAGACACCUCUGUCCCCUCCAGGGCGGCAGCAUGCGGGUGUGGUGAGCACAAAUCUCCAAUGGGCCCUGAAGCAUUUAGUGGCAGAGCCAGCUGUGGAGCGACGAAGAGCUGUUCUAGGUGUCUUUCUCCUGGUUCUGCUCUUAUCUGCCGGGUGCUGCUGUUUCCUGAGGCCGGCUACUCAUGCCCCCCUUCUUUUCCGCCAGGACACAAACCUCCAGUCCCUGCUGGCUCUGAGGAGCAACCUCAGCGGUCAGGGCAUCUCCUGCCCCAUGUGCUCAGGUGUAUUCAUGGAGAAGCCCCACCUUUUGUACACCCACACUUCUUCAUCAGCGUUUAAGUUUUCAGCACAUCAGCGCGCACCGGGCACAAUGACCUCUUCUGCUGCUCGGAGCUCAGUGAGACCAAAUUUAAGCACAAACCAAACAAGCUCUUUACUUACAGUGUACAUAUCAAAGUUGGACCUUGGAGCCUCUACAACCCUUUACCGCUUCUCCCUUAACACCAGCACUCCCUCCCCCUGGAAACUCUGCAGCCCAGAUCAUGAAGAGGUGCCAUCAUUUCAGGCUUAUAAUCAGCCCUGCAGCAAUUACACUGGCAGAAUGACAGUGUGUGUUUCCCAUGUGUACCAUCCGUACCCCAGCUGGAUGAUCACAUCCACCUCGUGUGACCCCCGUCAUGGCUGGGCGCCAGAGUUUGCUUUUUAUGGAGCAUUAUCUGCGCAGCAGCAUAGCAGGAGGCUGUACUUUGCCCAGCGCCGCCUGAGACCUCAUCCCACCCGUGUGUGUGUCAGCCCGCCUGGCUGUGGCAUCAGUUCUGGGCCUGAUGGACCCACACAGGGAUCCUUUUAUGUCCCUAUUCCUGGUGAUCCCUCAUCUGCUGCCAAGAAGAAACCAUCCAAAACUUCUGGCUUCAACCCAUGCAGCAGCGGUGCGUGUGGCCACCCGGCGGUGCGUCCUCUGGUGGACACCGGGGCCAUGGUCUUUGUUGUGUUUGGCAUCUUGGGCGUCAACCGAACAGGGCGCAGGGACAACCAUGUGAUUGGAGACGUGGGCAGCAUCAUAUUGGAUCCAGACUUUGAUAUCUUCCAGGAAAUGGGGUAUCUUUGCCAAAUCUGUAAAGCGAUUAGUGCAAACAGAAAACUUGUGAAACCGGGAGGAGCGCAGUGUUUGCCAUCAGGUAAUAAAUUGUCGUCUAUUCUUCCUCUGCUCCACCCUGAUUGUCACUCUCUCCCUGCUCCAAACCUGCUCCCGGGGCAGCUCUCACACGGAGCUGUGGGAAUGCAUGGAGGAAAGGUCCGCUGGCUGUCCAUGGCCUUCGAGUCAACCACAUACAAGGGGAAAUCCUCCUUUCAAACCUACUCAGACUUCCUCCAGUGGGAAACCUUCAUCCAGGAGCAGCUCACCUCUCUCCCCAAGUCCUCCGCUCUGCAACGGGGUUUCCAAACCUGCGAGCACUGGAAGCAAAUCUUCAUGGAAAUCAUAGGUGUGGAGAGUGCCCUCUGGAGUCUGCUGCUGUCUCUGGCCAUCUGUGUGGCAGCUGUGUCUGUAUUUACUGCUCAUCCUUUACUGCUCCUGCCAGUGCUCAUCACCAUACUAGGGGUAAUCUGUCUAGUGGUGGCCAUCAUGUAUUGGCUGGGCUGGGAGAUGGGAGCAGUGGAGGCCAUUUCUCUCUCUAUACUUGUGGGCUCUUCAGUGGACUACUGUCUGCACCUGGUGGAGGGAUACCUGCUGGCUGGAGAUACAAUGCUCUCAACGCCAGGACAAAACUCGGAUCUUGCUACAGAGAGGCAGAGGCGGACAUUGGAGGCAGUCAACCAUGUGGGCGUGGCGAUAGUGUCCAGCGCCGUUACCACGGUGAUCUCCACUGUCCCUCUCUUCUUCUGUGUCAUUGUGCCUUUCGCCAAGUUCGGCCAGAUAGUCGCUAUAAACACCGCCGUCUCCAUUUUGUUCACCCUGACCGUGACUGUGGCCAUGUUGGCAUGCAUGGCCCCCGCUCGUUUCAGCAGACCCCCCGGCGCUGUGCUGAAGGCCAGCCUGGCGGUGAUGGCCGCAGCAGCCUUGGGAGCCGUUGUGUGCUGGGUGGGAGGACAGCUGGGUGCGUUGGCCUGGCAAUCAGUCAGCACCUGAUCCAAACUUCACUCAAAGUCACACUGAUGUCAGGCCGAGGAGACCCUCUGUAUGCAAACAUGAGACACUGUAAGCACUCAAUUCUCCUCCAUGUUCAGGAGGAUUAUCAGAUCAGUGAAUGAUUUGAACUUCACAGCACAAAGAUGUCAGAAUUGAUCACACAAUCAUAAAUCAUCCACUUGUAACGAUGGAUGGAAUGUUAGUACUAAAAUAUUGUGUAAACGAUAUGUGACUCAUGUUUGUGAGUUUAUCAACCACUUUCUCGGUUGAUAUGAUGAUUCACUUUCGAUUAAUUUGUUUCCUCUGAGGUGGAGAUGAUUGAGUAAUCGUUGUGAAACUCUGGCUGACUCACAGUUUUCAUCAGUGUAACUAAUGGAGUUGUGAAGAGUACGUGAACUACCGUUGUGAACAACCGUCAGGGCAGAGCACUCUGAUGUCCGUAAAAAUUAG